AUGACAAAAGCAUAUGACCGAAUAGACUGGGAAUUCCUUAUUGCAGUGUUGAACUCAAUGGGUUUCCCUAGAAAAUGGCAAUCUCUUGUGUUGAAUUGUGUUUUCAAGGUGUUUUCAGGUCGUUUGAUUAAAGCACAAGAAGAAAAAGUCUUGCAUGGUAUUCAAAUUGCUCGUGGAGCCCCAAAAAUCAGCCAUCUGUUCUUUGCAGACGGUAGUCUCAUAUUCUGCAGGGACUCCAACCAAGAUGCUCAGACGGCUUUAAUCCGGGUUUCACGUGGAGAAGCAUUGUCCAAGCUAGACUGGAAGUUAUUUAAUAAAGCCGGUUUGUGCCAAAAUGUGAGAAUUUGGGAGGAUAUUUGGUUGCCUCACCAAUAUGGUCACAAAUUAUGGUCUCCAAAACCUUCAGGUUCUAAUAUUCAUUUGGUGGCUGAGCUAAUUCACGAGGAAUGUGGUCGAUGGAAUGCACAUUUGGUGAAUGAAUUUUUUCUUCCGUUUAAAGCACAACAGAUACUGCAAAUUCCAGUUUUUCCAUCGCAACAACAAGACUGUUUCAUUUGGGCAGUGAAUAAAAACGAUGAGUUUACGGAAUUUCUUAAAGAAAGGAGAGAAAGGUUGAACUCAAAUUAUUCUCAUUCCUCUCUUCAAAACGGUGUGUGGAACAAGCUGUGGAGAGUCAAAACGAUACCUCGACACACUCAUUUAAUUUGGUGCAUUUUGCAUAACUGGCUGCCAGUGAGGUCUGCGUUGUUUAAUAGAGGAGUUCAAUGUUCUCCCCUCUGCUGUUUAUGCGACCAGCAGCAAGAAAGUAUUAACCAUUUAUUUAUGGAAUGUGGCUGGUCUAAAGCAGUUUGGUUUGCAUCGCCACUCAGUUUGAUCUUUGAUAUAAAUGGAGGCGAGCAGAUAUUAUUUAGUAUUUGGCUUGAACAUGUUGUGGCUUAUGAGAAUAAUUGUACCAUCCAAUUGAUAUUUGCAAUCUGUUACGGGUUGUGGACUUUGCUGAAUAAAAGGUGUUUUGAUGGCAUUACAUUUCCAAGUCUUGAAAUGGCAAGUCAGAGAGAAGGUGCUGCAGUUUCGAGCUUCAAUGAGGCUUCAAUUUUCUGCAAAAUCAAAGCUAUCUUCCUAUUCCAAUGCCGCAUUCUGCUGUUCGGUGGUUACCUCCCUGUCCCAGCCAUUAUAACUUGAAUGUCGAUGCUGCAGGCCCAGAUGAAAGUGGCAGCUAGGGGCUCACGGCUGUUGUCCAAGAUUCCAAUGGGGUAGUGAUGGCAGCAGCAUGUUGGUAUCGCCUUUCUCUACCUUAUUCUGAUGCGGCAGAAGGUCUCGCCAUACUGUUGGGGGUCGAGUUUGCUAAAGACUCGUCGUUCCGUAGCGUUGAAGCAAACUCAGACUCAACAAAUGUGAUUGAAGCCCUCAAUAAUAGGCACACACAAUACACCUAUUUGGGUGCCAUAGCAAUGGAGUGUACUCAGUUAUGUUCUAGUUUUAACA